CUCGACUCGACUCGAAAUCGGAUCUUCGGCAACACUACUGCGUUCCGGCUUAUAUCGAUCUCUACUCACUCUGUCACUUCAAUUCAGUCACCCAGCUCCCUUCUCGCCUUCUCUCUAAUCUUAUCUUUCCGUCCUCCUCUAUGAACAACAUCAUUCGACAGUUCGGUCGUCUUUCGCGCUCCUUGCACACAGAAGCCUACGCAACUUCCUCUGCGAACUUGCCCGUACCGGUCCUAAUCGCCACUCGCGAUGCGCACACCAUGGGUGACCCCUCGUCCUCAGGGAGCAGUAUCAAUAUGGCACCGCACCCCAAGGACCCAGGCUCCUCGACGCAAGCCGGUUCCUCGCGCCCUCCUCCACCACCUCCACCUAUAAUACAGGCGGGUCGGGGCGAAGAACAUGAGAUCCCUCACGAGGGGGACAACCUCCCAGUCCCAGUACCCACGUACAUGCAGCCAGCGUAUACUCCUCCACCCUUCCACACGCAUGCCUUCUAUGCCGCCCUCGAGAAGACCUUCCCCCCAAGCACGGCUCGGCAUCUUAUGCGUGCAACACGAGCGCUCCUCGUCGACCGUAUAGGGCGCGUGCGCCGGGAGGCUGUUACCCGCAAGGACCUGGACAACCAAGCGUAUCUCUUUCGCGCCGCCAUCUCCGAGCUUCGUGCUGAGAUCACGAUGAACACAAAGAAUGACUCGGCUGCCAUACGCACGGCCUCAGGCGCGCUGCGGCGCGAGGUCGACCGCCUUGACGUGAAGAUGAAGGAGGACAUUGGCACGCUCAAGCACGAGAUCCAGAUGGAGCUCGAUACGCGGAAGAACGAGGCUAGGUCGCAGAUCAAGCAGCAGGAUAUCGCUAUCGAGGGCCUGUUGAACAAGGCAAUCGUGAGCGUCAGUGACCUUCGGACGCUUGUCGAAGAGAACAAGUGGGAGAACAUGCGACGCGCCGUCACUACGCUGGCUGUCCUCAUCAUCACCGUCGUGCUCGGCAUGGAGCUCAGCCCUCGGCCUACGCCCCCACCGCCUGUCGCCCCUCAGGCUCCUCCCAUGAUGCAGAGUGCUGGCAUAGGCCUCAUGCCCAGAGGGCAUAUGGAUAUAGGCCAACCUCGCGGAGAAGGGGAGAGAGAGCACGACGAGUGGACUUGAUCUGCUGAGCUAGCGAUUGUGCGCGGCACGGAGGCGCUGGUAGCCAAUUAUGGGCCACUCAGCUAUCCGUCGACUAGGACUACAACAUCGCAACAAGCUCUAUCCCAUACCCCUCAUGGAGGAUAUUUAUUAACUUUAGAGACCACUGAAGCUACAGCACGCGCGGGUGCGAGCACCUUGUACUUCACUAAUAGAUCCAAUGUAUAAUUACCUACGCCGCUCAUGAAAUAUGAGCUAUGCUCAUUGCACUUC